AUGACAGUCACUACAGUUACCUUAAACUUGGCCUACAGUUUCAGAAUUGAUCCGAAGGCAACUAGAAAGUCAUCCAACUACCAAACAUAUUAUGAAACCAACAAUGGGUUAUGGAAGACGCAUUUAAAUGACUUGACUGGGGAGUCGUACAAGGUGAUGGAUAACUUGUCCAAAUUGAGUUCAAUAUGCAACGAGAUUAACAUGGCAGGAAGCUUGGUCAAUUACGUUGAGUUGAUUUCUCCCCUGAUGAAUAACCAUCGAAUCAUAGUGCAUUUACACGGCGAAGAGUCCUUUCUAGCCAAGUCCAAGACGAAAAUCCUCCAUUCGUACAACUACACAAGUUCAAAAACAUUGACCCUUGAUGAAUCGCAGUAUAUGAAGAUUGACGAACAAUUUAUCCACCAAAUGAACGCAUUAUGUCAAAGAUACCCAGUCGAAGUGAUUAUAAAUAAUGAAAAAUCGUCAUUUAGUAAAAAAGCAUCCGAAUCAGCAUAUUCCAUCCACAUAGUUGGACAUCAAGACAAUGUAACUUUCUUUGGCACUGCAUUGAAGGUGUUAAUUGAUCUGCAUUUGAAUAACUACACCAUAGAUUCUUACUCAAUACCAUUGAGCUUGAUUCCAUUAACUGGUGGCACAAGUUUAUCCAACUUUAAACAAAUUGCCAAACAAACUAGGUCCAAUAUAUACAUCCCUGACCUAUUACCCAAUAUAUUCAAUUCUAGUAUACUUACCAGCAAUUUUGACAUGACCGUUUGGAUCACUGCUAAGUACGCUAGGGACUUGAUCUUAGCAAAGUCUAUUUUGGAUAAAAUGUUUUACAAGAGGAGUCAAUUGAUUUCAAAGUCGAUUGAAAUGUGUCAAUCAAAAAUUGACUUGAUCCUCUUGCAUAACCAACAAAGUGUGAUUGAUUUGAUGUUGAAACAUGGGGUCUUUAUUCAAUUACCCAGUUUAGGUGAGGAAAACCAAUCAGUUGUAAUCCAAGGAUUACAAGCAGAUGCCAUUGAUGAAUGUAUUAAGGAUAUUGGAUCGAUAGCAACUGAAUAUUAUACAGUUUCGGGUAUAUGCUCCAAUAAGAGUGAAAUCUUGCAAUUGUCCCAGUACACUAAAACAUGCACAGUGGUAGUUACCGGUAAUACUUUUGUGAUCAAUGGCCAUUACAAGGAGAUCAAAUCGUUAAUCCACAACUUGUCAUCACUUUCAUCAACAUUGAAUGUUCGUAUUGAAGUAAACAACGACCAAAAAGAUUUCAUUAGUGGUAAGAAAAAUGGUAAAUUGGUUAAAAUUCUUAAUCAAGUGAACAAUAUCCCAUCGAUUAAAUUCAUUGCCUACAAUGAGUAUCGAUUCUACAUUGAUAUUGAAUCGUCGUCGGCCAUAAUUAGUCAAGCUAUUGAUUUGAUCGAAUUGGAAUUACCCCUGGAAUUGAAAUUUAACAUACCUGAAGUAUUCCAUAAAUCAAUAAUUGGUAAUGGUGGGUCCAUGAUUCAAUCAAUAAUGAAGAAGUAUAAUGUCUUUAUUAAAUUUUCAUCAAACUUCGACACAUCAACCAAUGUGUAUUCGCUAUUACGUCAACCAAAUGUGUUGAUCAAGUGUCCUCAGAAAAAUAUGGCCAAUAUUCCAUUAGUAAAACAAGAGAUUGAUGACUUGGUGUUCAAGUACUGUAUGAAUGAUGUUCAACAACAAAACGUAUCCAUUUAUUAUAACCUCAAAUUCCAAAUUUUAAAAGGUCAAUACUUGCUGUUGGUGAAUAGUAACAAGCUCCAUUUAAUUAAUCAAUACGAGCAUGACUACAACUCAUUUAUAGAUUUCCCAACAUCAAUUGAUGCGUUCAAGACAAGCAAUGUUGUUGAAUUUAACAUCAAGGGUUCGGAAACAAAAAUCAAGUCGUGUGCUAAGCAAUUGCAAACAAUUCUUGCCACCAGCUAUGAAUUUAAAUUUGCUGGCAACUCAACCAAAUUUAAUCAAUAUUUUAAAACAACAAGGGCAUUUGAAGAUGAAGUGGUGAUUCCAUUUAAAUUGAUGUUUGGGUUCGAUGUGAUUGUUAAUGAACUGCCAUUAAAUUCCGAUUUACCCUAUUACCAAGUUGUGAUGUCUUAUUAUUGCGACACCAAAUUAAGCGAAGCUAUCGAGUCUUUAACCUUUUGGUUAAGAGAAUGCGGGUUCCUCAUUUACGAAAAAGCUGAAAUGAAGUUUAAUUCAAUAUUAGAGUCGUCAUUAUCGUCGCCAAUCAAGCUUCAUCGUUUCUCCAAUCAGAUUCCAUUGCAAUCAAUCACUAAUGUCAAUAUCAACAUGAUGACACCAUCUUCAUCGCCAGUAAGGAAAUUGCAGCCAACAACAACAACAACAACAUCAUCAUCAUCUGUGGCUGCAACAUCACCAAUCAAGAGUUAUAUGGUGUCCCCUUCGCGACAACAGUUGAUGAUGUCGUCACCUAUUAGGAAUAACAUGUAUCUGCCGAUGAUUGGACCUCAAUCUCCAACUAAACAAAAGAUGUCGACGCAGGUGCAGUCACCGGUAAGGUACAACAAUUUCGGAGCUAAUCUGGACCAAGCAGUACCACCAGUGGUCAAGUUGCUGCCGGUCAAGUUCAGUUUAGAACCGGCUUUUAGCGCUGGGAAUCACGUAUACAAUAUAUAG